GAUUCCCCAACAAAUUUCCCAGCGACAGUCUGUUAUGAUCAGGACGCCAUUAAAACUGAAACCACGGAAGGAGAUUAGAAAACAGCAGCUCAGGAGAGACAUCUUCCAACUUGAAGAUGACCUCUCCAGAGAUUGGUCAGCGAGUUGUCCGAAGCUCCGAGUGGUCUUGGAGAGAUCAAGAUGGCGGUGAAGGCCAUCUUGGGACUGUGGUCAAGAUGACCGACCAGGAAGCCCCUCUUCAUGGAUGGACUAGGGUCCGGUGGGAUAACGGUCGAUGUAACAAAUAUCGGGUUGGGACAGGUGGAACUUACGACCUUCUGCUCUUUGACAGCGCCCCAGCAGGCGUUGUCCAUUCCAAGAUUACAUGUAGCAGCUGUAAGGUGGAUUCUAUACAUGGUAUCAGAUGGAAGUGUUGUGAUCAUAGCUGUACAGAUGUCAACCUUUGUACCCCUUGUUAUAUGACUGACAAACACGAUUUGACGCACAGAUUCACACGCUUCAACAGUCAGGAUGAAACAGGAAUCGUUGUUACGUCUCGUUCUGAAGAAGAAAAAACAACUUCGAUGGGACUGUGCCCUGAAGCCCAAGUUAGCCGAGGAGAGGAUUGGCAAGGAGAAGAAAGUGAUGGCCAAGAAGGAAAUGUUGUUGAAAGUUGCGCCAUAUCUGGCAGACCACGAUCAGGUGUUGCUGUUAAGUGGAUAGACACUGGGCAGACAACAACGCAUAGGGUAGGACAUGACGGAAAGGUAGAUCUGAAAUACACCAAACCAGGACGUGGAAUCGAUUUCUAUUCGUCACAUCUACCAUUUCUAGGCAAAGAGCAGGGUGUGAGGGUUGGCGAACGAGUAGCAAUGACCUUGGCAGCCAAGAGACUACAGGUCAUUCAAGAGUCAAACGGAUGCAAGUGGUCGCCUAGAAUGCAAAACCUGAUCACAAAGGUUGCCGUGGUUACAGGCAUCAAUUCCGAUGGAAAUGUAGAGAUCUCUUAUCCAGGGAGAGAUGGCCACUUCAUCUUGCAUCCAGAUGCGUUAAACAAGGUUCCGAUGUUUGAACAAGGAGACCGUGUAUGCGUCAAGACAGACAAAGAAUACGUGAAGGAACUCCAGGAAAACAGCAAAAAUGGAUGGGCAGAUGGUAUGGAAAACUGCCUGGACAAGGAUGGUACAGUUCUACUUGUUGAUGAACAUUUUGACACAUGGGUCCGCUUUGAGUCAGUAACGCCAUCGGAUAGCUGGUGGCAUCCCUGUGCGCUAACCCUCGUGGAAAAGAAACCACACCAUCUGGGCGAUGGAGCCAAAUCCACCCGUAUCAAAUCUGACAUUACUGGCUUAUCCAAAGACGACAAUUCUAUAGAGUCUCAGCUUUAUAAUGCUGCUAAAACUGGUGACCUUGAUCGUGUAUUGGAGAUUCUGUCUUCUUCACCAGAAAAAGUUAAUUGGAAAGUAAAUGGCAAGAGUCCACUCCAUAAAGCUUCUAUUCGUGGUCAUCUAAAGGUUGUUAAGGCGUUAGUAGAGGCUGGAGCUGACAUAGAAAUCACUACAGAUGAUGGGCAUACUCCACUGCAUUACGCAGUUGAAGGAGACGAGCCAGCAGUUGUAAAAUAUCUAAUUGAGAAAGGAGCUGACAUUGAUAGAGGUAGCACAAGACAUAGAAGAGCUAUCCAUCGAGCAGCCUAUGGAAAUAGUGUUGAUUGCGCCAGAAUCCUGAUCAACCGUGGAUGUGAUGUCAACGUGCAAGACAGCGAGAAAGAUACUCCUCUUCAUGAUGCUAUUAUCAAGAACAGCAUAGAUGUUGCUGAGAUGCUGUUGGUAGAUCCAAAGAUUGAUACAACUCUAAUAAACAAACGAAACAUGCCACCAAUCCUGUUCGCCGCACUAAAAGACCGUCCAGAGCUUGUUGAGAUGCUUGGACGUCACUCCCCUCCAUCGAUUCCGGUUACUACACGCCAUGGAUUCAACAUUCUGCACAUUGCAGCAUGCAACAACCACGUUCAAGUCAUGAGGGUGGUUUUAGCUAUAAAGGAUCAUGGACUGUGCAUAGACACGAAAGCAGACCAUGGAAUAUCAGCCUUACAUCUCGCUGCAGAGGACGGAUACUCAGAAAGUGUUGAGUAUUUAUUGUCUCAGGGAGCAGAUGUGAAUUUGCAAUGUAGCAAGGGCCACAGUGCGCUUCACCGAUUAGCCAGUGCUGCAAGGCAAGAUUUAAAAGUCGAAGAAACGCAAGAGCUUAAAGCUAUUCGGAAGAAAUACAAAGACGGCGGUGUAGAUACCAAUACUGAAGCAUUACUCUGUUUUAUGGUUCUUCAUGGCGCCUCCAUCGAUAUUGAAAAUGAAUCAUGUCGUACCCCUCUGUACUACAUCGACGAUCCAAAACUAAAAAGGACUUUAAAGCAAAUUGCCCAUGGAGUUAAUAGGAACCCUGACCAAAGGCCAAUGCAAAACUUCGGAGAAGGUGGGGAUUUUGGAAUUGGGAGGCUGAAUAUAAAAUCCAUUUCAGAUGACAAUAUCCUUAUCCCAGACUCUGGCGUAGGAUUUGCUCAAGAAUUAACUACCGACAAACACGACGAAGAUCACCAAACAAGAAGCCAGUCAAAGGAUUUAAAAGAACUUGGGAACUUCUGUGUAGACGAUAAGACUGAUCUUGGUAUCGACUUUGAAUUAUUAAGGGCAGCUGAAAUUGGUGACCUAAGACGUAUUUCAGAGAUACUGUCAUCUUCGCCUGAAAAGGUAAAUGUCAAAGUUGGAGGCAAGAGUGCUCUCCAUAAAGCAUCCCUUCAUGGCCACCGUGACGUCGUAAAAGCAUUGUUAGAAGCUGGAGCUGAUAUAGACAUCACUACAGACGAUGGACUUACUCCUCUACAUUUGGCAGUUGAAGGAGAUGAACCAGCAGUAACAAAGUACCUGCUUGAAGAAGGGGCUGAUAAGAACAAAGAAAAUGUACGCAACAGGAGUCCACUCCAUCGAGCAGCUAUUAGAAAUCAUGUUGAUUGUGCUAGAAUCUUAAUAAACCAUGGAUGCAAUGUCAACGUGCAAGACUAUCAGAAAGAUACCCCUCUUCAUGACACCAUUACCUCAAACAGCGUAGAUGUUGCAGAGCUGCUGUUGAAAGUUCCAAGCAUUGACACCAGCAUCGAGAAUGAGAAAUCAUUCAACCCCCUUCAAUUUGCAGUACUUCGGGACCGACUAGAAAUCGUUAGAAUGGUUGCACAACAUUGUCCUUCUUCAGUAGCUGUCCCUAAAAAAGAUGGGUACAAUGUAUUGCAUAUCGCAGCAGUGAACAACCACAUAGAAGUCAUGAAGGCUCUCUUUGCUGUUGAGGUAAUAGUAUGUCGAUGGUACGUAUCCUACCCUUCAUAUAUGUUUUUUUUUUGUAUUGAGGAUCACGGACUGUGUAUUGAUACAAAAAACAGUGAAGAUCAGACGGCUCUGCACCUUGCCUCACACGAGCUUUACUCAGAAAGUAUCGAGUACUUGAUUUCUCUUGGAGCAGACAUCAAUAGUCAAUGUAAUGGUGGCCACAGUCCGCUUCAUCUGGUAGCCAGCAGAGCAGGAAGAUCAAGAGAAAUCAAAGAAACACCCAUGCUUAAAAGGAUUCAAAAGAAAUAUAGAGAUAGAGGUGUAGGCAGUAACACUGGUGCAGCAUUGCUGUGUUUCAUGGUCCUACAUGGGGCGUCCAUCGAUAGUGAAAAUGAGUCUUGUCGUACCCCUCUAUACUACAUCAAUGAUCCAAAACUAAAACGGACUUUGAAGGAGAUUGCCCGUGGAGACAGGGAAGUUGACUUGAAGUCGCUAGAAGACAUGGUAGGAGAUGAAGCUUCAGAAACAGAAGGCCUGACAACCAACGCCAUCCAUGAUGACUAUAAUGAUAUCCAUAUCCCACAAACUCCCGUGGACGAUCCAGCUGCCAAUGAUCAAGGAUCAGAAAACCUCGCCAGAACCAACAAGCCAAAGACCGGAUUGUUUGAGCUUGUUCACGAAAUUAAAGUCUCCGAUAUUGAAAUGGGAUCUGUGGUUGGAACUGGACAAUUUGGAGUCGUCCAUCGAGCAACAUGGCGAGGAACCACGGUGGCAGUCAAAAAGAUCUCUAUCAUCGGGAGUAAAAAGGAUGAAGUCGAAAAGGAGGUUUCUAUCCACAGGCAAGCCACCCAUCCAAAUAUCGUGAAAAUGAUGGCGCUAGGUUAUGAGUGUACGGACGCCUACCUUGUUAUGGAGUUUAUUGAAGGGCCAAGUUUAGAUAAGAUCAUCUUCCCAGAUCGCGAUGAUCCAAAGAUUCUUCUAGACUGGUCCGCCAAGCUUGGGAUAUCCCGUGAGGUUCUCCAAGCAGUCACCUUCAUGCAUGCCAGCAAUAUCUUACAUCUUGAUAUCAAGCCUGCCAAUAUUUUGUUGGAGAGUGCCACCAACCGUCCCUUCAUCUGUGACAUGGGUCUUGCCCACAUCAAGAACCGGAACGCCAUGACUCAAUCCACCAUGCGCAUCAGGGGCACCCCUAAGUUCAUGCCACCGGAGGUAAUUACUGCAGUGGCUGGGUACAAACAUUCUAGCAAACAUGACAUCUGGUCAGUUGCAGGAACACUGGUGGAGUUCUACUCCAUGAAACGCCUUUGGGGAGUUUUGCCCAAUCAGAUGGCCCUAUUAACUCGCUUUAUGACGGGGGGAAUGUGCAAACCUGAGGCUCUGGAAUUCGUGGAUCAAAAAAUCCAAGAAAUUCUUGGACCCUGCUUCAAUGAGAAGCCUGAAGAUAGACCAUCGGCGGAAGAGCUACAAAAUAAAUUUAAUAAUCUUUCUUAAAAGGAAAUUCUACGAGCCUUCCUAUUCAUAUCAUUCUAAUGAGAACAGUAUAUAGUAGCAAUAUUUGUAUAUAUAGAAAUUAUUUCUCCAAUACUAGUUUUAUUGUAAUGAUAUCAGUUACAAGGUUUCGCCGAUUGAUGCAAAGCUAGCGACAUAGCAUAGUUUGUAAGAUUCGUUUUAUAUUAUAGAAUAUUGUAACAUGAUUACAACAUUAUUCAUAAAUAAUGAAAAUGUAUUGAAGAUUGACAAAUCUCAUGCUUGGUUAUUAUGAAUGUGAAAUGAAUUUCAAGUUCCAUAUGUGUUUAAAGGUGUAACAAACAUAUGGGGCCAUUUCACAGGGUUAUGUUUUGUAAAAUUUAUUGCUCAAGCGAUAAUGCAAAAAUCAGGCUUGGUGAGUUAUCCCAAGAGUUAUCUAAGCAGUGCUUCAUAAAAUAAAAAAAACAUGUUAGCGAUAUUUACUGACAAAUUUGAGCAAUUCUGAUCGAAUAAUCGUGGCAGUUUAUAAGAAUGGUCAAUGAAAAAUAACCAUUUUGACCCAUUAAUUGCUGAAAUCAACUCAUUGAUCAUGAUGAAUACGUUUCGAAACGUUCACCUGACCCAAUGCAGUGAAUAGUUUGCCACGCGUUACCGGGGAUUUAUACAUGUAGGUCACACUCCUGGUGGAUCGGGGGGGGGGGGGGGCACUGGCCGGUUAUGAGAGGUAGAAUUACAAUUUGUAAUGUAAACAUGCCGUUAAAACAGAGGUGCCCCCCCCCCUUGAAAGUGAAGACCUUUGAUUGUCUGGAUAGAAGAGAUAACUUGUUACAUACUUGUAUUGUCAGACCGCUGUCUACCCCCCACCCCCCGGAUAUUUUCAAAAUUGAUGCUAACUAGAAAAAAACAUGUGUAAUCCUUUAGGGACUGGUUUGUACGUGUGAAAACUCCUAGAAUCAUUUUUGAUGUUCAUAUGACACCAAAUGUUUAUGAGAGUGUAUAAGAAAAAAAAUCCUUAUAUUUGGAGCUUAUGGAUAACAUGAGAUAUCAUGAAGCAAAUCUUUACCUGUAUUAUUAAGGGAAAGUUGUUUGUACAUUAUCUUUUAAUAAACUCAUCUUUAAAAAUAUUCACUUUCAGCAUUUUUCCUUAUUCAAUCUAAUUAUGACGAUGAUAUCCAUGUCACUGCAUUUUUAGAUCACAAUUUAUAAUUCACAAUAAACAUGAUAAAUGACUUGAACUCUCUUAUGAGGUUCCUAUCCAUUUCGUAUCGUUUAUUUUAUUCCUUAUAUAAUAAUUUAAUACGAAUGCAUUUAUUUUCUGAAUUAAGAUUU